CCACGCAGUCGACAGUAUGCAAAAGUUGUCGAACUGCUCGAUAUCUGGGUUAUUUCAAUACUGGAAUCUCCUUAUGUUGCUUUGUAUACUAUUUCGAAGCGUAAUUUUACAUUAUUGCAGAGCAGUAUGAGAUAUCUCUUGGCAGCAGUGAUUUUAUUCUCGGUUGUUAAGGAAUAUGGGCCACAGAAGCUUCUUAAAGUCAGUUCCUCAUUGCCAAACAUAACAGCUAAUUGCCGUAAACCUCUUGGGAUGGCGAGUGGAACGAUAAAGGACGAGCAGAUCACAGCACCAUCAGCUUAUGAUAACGACUUCGCAAGAUUUGGAGCGCAUCGGGCUCGACUUAACCUAACGAGCGAUGCGCCAGGCUACAGAGCCGACAGAACACAAAGUGGCGGUUGGAUUAAGAUAGAGUUAGAAAAGCAAAUGGUGAUAACUGCAAUUGCUACUCAAGGGUACGGCGAUCCUAAAUAUCCUGAAUGGACCGAACUCUACAUGGUCAUGUAUUCAAACGGCGGAGAUUAUCUGUACUUUCAAAACCCUGAAGGUGACUUAAAAACGUUUACUGGCAACAAGGACAGCAAUAGCAUUCAACAUAACGAGGUUCCAUUGCCCACAAUUGCAACUUCGAUUAUGCUCAUGGAGUCUGGAGUGCAUGAAAACUUUGGAAUCAGGAUGGAGUUGUUUGGCUGUGAGCCCGGUUAUUAUUUCGUAGUAUGGCUCAUGCUUGGAGAUUUUGGCUUUUCAACAACUUAUCUUGAUAAGCAAGAAGUGGAAUACCAAGGUAUAGCUGAGGACGUCGUGGAGGAGGUGAAAUCUACCCUGAAAAGAAAACCUGGUUUCUUGUCCGCUAGUCUGCUACAGUUUAGCCCACAGACUUCCGGCGCUGAGAUCAAGCUCAAAGCAGAGUUGAAGAUCGAAUGCAUUGAAGCCAGUGUACACGAUAUAACAGCUGCUCUGAAAAGUUACAUGCAAUCUAGCGAGGGGCUGUUCGACAGGGAUUACCUCAAACUGCAAUACCCUUUGGAUUAUCAGUGUCGACCUCCUGACGUACACAUUCAUCUAAAAAAAACGCACAAAAACGCAGCAAGGAUAACAGCAGUUGACAUGUAUGUAAUCAUUGGAGAAGUGACUGCUCACUGCAACACAUCGUCUUCGAUGCUGCUGUCUUGGGAAAGAAGCGAGGUGAAUAAAGAAAGCGGAGCAUUCGCCGUGGGUCCACCCUUGGAUAAAUUUAGAGGCUCUAAGAACCUUACUAUUGAACCAAGGACGCUGCCUCCCGGCUUAUACUACAUCAGACUAAUUGCUGAAAUGACUAAGGAGGAAGGUGCUAUCGAUUCUGAUUUUGGUUUUCUAGAAGUGGUGUUACCAGAGAUUGUUGCUAAGAUUCUUGGGGUAAACAAAGCAGUUAAGGGUACUGGUAAAAUUGUUCUAGACGCAUCACAUUCAUAUGACCCUUACGAAAUGAAUAUAAAAGACCAGGGAUUGGUCUUUACAUGGCUCUGCCGAAGGGAGGAAGAGGACUUUUCGAACAUUCAGUCGCUUUCAAUCGACCAAUCCUAUGGUAGGGAUAAGGUUCUUGGGGGAUGCUUUGGUUAUGGUGUCGGAAAGUUGAAUACGACAGAACCCACGAUCGAGAUCGAUAUCAAUGGAAUGAUUUCGCAGAGUACUUAUGUUUUCAAGGUUAUUGUUCAGAAAGGUAACAGGAGUUCCUCUGCUAACCAUACCCUAUUGGUAGAGUCGUCUAUUUCCUUUACUAUCAGGUGUAAAAUAAACUGCGGGGAUAGAGUCACCGCCAAUAAGCGAAUGGUGAUCGAGUCCACAUGCAGAGGGCUCUCCUGCAGAACAAUCAAGUCUUAUAACUGGACACUUUACAUGAUUUAUCCGUGGAGCGUUAAUGAAACGUGGAAGGAGCAAAACUUGGAGGAUAAGAUACUCACCGAGAUAGACAGUCCAAGUCUGAUAUUCAAAGGCAAAUUAAACCAAUGGGAGAACUCUUUAAUGGAUGACGCAACCUACAGGCUAAGAGGCAUAGUUCAUCUGGCAGAUGACACUACGGAAGAAAGCGAGAUCGACUUUAAAACCAACUCGGCUCCUUAUCUUGAUGAUUAUGACUUAGGCUGCAAAGUGAGUCCUGAUGUGGGGCAUGCAGUGACCACGGAGUUUUUCAUUUCUUGUGAUGGGUGGAAAGAUGACGACUUACCUCUCAGUUAUGAGUUUAGCUAUCACACAAACACUGGUUCUGUGGUAAUGCAGAAAGGACCAUCACCGAAUGCAACCACGAGACUGCCUCUAGGGAAUCCACUGCACCAAUACGCGAUAGCACUGGAAAUACAGAUCUUAGACUCACUUGGAGCGAGCACGCUGGAUUNGAAAGCGCCUCGAAUUUUGCUCAUCCCUGUUGAAGCAAUGCCCUCCGAUGAUGUUUCUGGAACGUUGAUGAAUAUGGCCAGUGGGGAAGAAAGCCCUUUGGGAAAUCUCCUCAAGUCAGGGAAUGUCGAUAAAGCCGCCAUAAUGGCAUACGCUGUAUUGUCCAUGGUAGACACAAGCGAGGGAAAGAUGACGAGCGCUGAAAAGAAGUCUGCCAUUCUGGUAAGAACGGUUUUACGCUCACAGUUUAAUGUCACCAAGAACUCGGUCCGUGAUUUAAAAGAUGCCAUAAUCGGGCAGAUGUCUAAUGUUAAAGUUACCAGCCUUGAACAAGUCACGCAGAUGGCAGCAGUGGUUGCCCUUGCAACCGAGCAAAAGGACGAAAUCUCAACAAAUUCUCAGGAGAACGCCGUAAACCUAUUAGAGAACACGGCUGACUUCGUUUCCUCUCAGCUAAGUUCUGGUACUGCGGAUACUGAGGUUCUUCAAAAGGUCGGCGCUAGUCUUCUACAUGGCAUCUCCAACGUCAUGAGCGCAGCAUCCACUGGUGCUAAACAAGAGGAGGGAGAUGAAAAGGAAGGUGCAAAAAGUGUUUUAACGGAGGAGACCGCCAAGGAAACAAAUAAGGAUGAGAAGAAAGAUAACAAAGAUAAGAGCAAGAAAACAGCUGAAAAAACUCUCAAAUUGAUGGAUAAAGUCGGUUCGAGCUUGUUAGGCACCAAAGCAGUUGGGGAGAAACCGAGCGUCUUUAAAACCAAGUCUUUAGCAAUGAUGCUGGAUAAGCAGGUACCUUCAAAAAUUGGCGGCAAAAAACUUGGCGACGGAGAAGGGGAGAGCGGUGUGGCAUUACCUUCGGCUACUACCUUGUUUGGAGACCGUGCUGAAAGUCUUCCCUCCGUAGAUUCGCAGAUGCUUUCCUUCACGGAAAAUCCUUAUACUUGGGAUGCAAGCUCUAACAACAUCAAGUCUUCGGUGAUUGAUUUCUCUUUGAAGGCUGCCGACGGAAGUGCAUUAGAAGUGUCUGGUCUUCCGGAACCGGUAGAGCUCUUCAUACCUCAGACAGAGGGCAGUGAAAACAAAGGCAACGAGACAGCGGCAGUAUAUUUUGCCAAACCAAGCGAUGGCUUCAACAACUUACGUUUUCAUAAGGUGGUGGUUCCAUCAGCAAGUUCUUCCAUGAUCGUCGAAGUGAAACCGGAAGACGGAGUCUCCCUGGAGAUCUUCGUCAGGCCCAAAACCAAACCAACAAUAACAGAGUACAGUUUCAGUGUGAUUCUCCCCAAAAUCGAGUUCUGCAACUUGACGAACGCCACCUUAAACUGUAGCUCAGAAGCGUAUAGAUUCAGCAUAAGCAGUGCUCUGACUGAUCACGUGGGGUUACAUUAUGUGGGGAUCCGAUACCCAAGACCGGAAAGUGACCCUACGUCGUCCUCAAAGGUUGAAGUUCAAAUUGUAGCGGAACGUGUUACAAGAGGAUGUGAGAGUCACGGCGGCAGGCAAAAGCGGUCUUGCGUUGGUGUUAAGACUCCCCCGACCACCCCUCCCCCGGCAAAACUUCAGAUACUGGUACCAAAGUAUAACGCAAGUACAGACGUCAAUUAUACGAUGUCCGUACCGGCUACGUCCUGUUUGUAUUGGUCUGAAACAAAGCAGACUUGGACAGAUGAUGGCUGCAAGGUGGGACCUAAGACGGUUGCCAGCAAUCUUCACUGUCUCUGUACCCAUCUAUCUGCUUUUGGUGGGGAUUUCUUCGUUGCACCGAAUCCUAUUGAUUUUGACUAGGUCUGGGCCGAAUUUGGCAAUUUGGCGGAAAGUGGAAACUUUGUAGUACUUGUCACAGUUUGUUCCAUAUUCGGACUUUACUUUGUGGGACUCGUGUUUGCUAGAAAAGCAGACAAAAAAGAUGAAAAGAAGGUCGUGGCUAAUGUGUAAUUGACUGAUUAAAUUGAAGACGGGUAUCUCUAUGAAAUCUCCGUUCAGACCGGAAUGUGGAAAGGCUACGGGACAACUGCUAACAUUGGCUUGAUCAUUUUUGGAGAACACGACACCACUCCUCCCUUACCAUUGUCGGAUCCAGAAAUGAAUAAAAUUUUCUUCGCCCGGGGUAGUAUCAACAAUUUCACUCUCUCUGUGCCAGAAUCACUUGGUAACUUGGUGAAGAUUAAGAUUUGGCAUGACAACAGCGGCAGGAGUCCUGCUUGGUUCUUCCAACAGGUGCAGAUCGUCGAUGCACAAACCGGCGAUAAGUGGCAUUUCCUUGGUAAUCGCUGGUUGGCUGUUGAAAAAGGGAGCGGUCAGAUAGAACUAGAACUUAAAGCAGCCGACAAAAAAGAACUUGCUGGAUUUAGAAAUUUAUUUUAUUCGAGGACCGCGCGGAGCCUGGGUGACGGUCAUUUGUGGUUGUCAGUUUUCACCAGGCCUCCACAUAACACGUUCACUCGUUGCCAGCGUCUUACGUGUUGCUUGUCGAUUUUAUUCGCUACUCUUGUAACGAACGCCAUGUUUUAUCAAUUUGAUAAAGCGCCAGGAGACACCUUCCAAGUUGGGCCAUUAAAGUUAAGUUGGAUACAGAUCAAGAUCGGUAUACAAAGCAGUAUCAUGGCCAUUCCAGUAAACGUGUUAGUCGUUACGAUCUUUAAGAGCAUUAAACAUCCCCUUCCCGUAGAUGCCCGAGGAUCCAACAAGAAAGUACCCGGCUGCCUUCCUCAUUUUUUCGUGUACGUAGGUUGGACUCUGUGCCUACUCACCUCCUUGGCAGCAGGUGCUUUCACCGUAUUUUACAGCUUGAUGUGGGGAGCUGAAACAUCCAACAAAUGGCUCACAUCAAUCAUGAUUUCAUUCUUUCAAGAUGUCAUAGUCACGCAGCCAAUCAAAGUUGUCUUGAUUGCAUCUUUACUAUCGCUGAUCAUAAAAAAGUCUCCAGAGCAGGAAGAGGUAAUUGGUUCAUCUAUGUCCAGAAGAAGUGGAAAAGACAGCCAGGUAGCCGCACCUCAUGGUGAAGCGCUCAGAAAAGCGCGUGAAUUCCAGACUAAAGUGUUGGAAAUGUUCAGGACCAUCAUAGAAAUGUUUUUUUUCUUUUUGUUCAUCGCUUUUCUAAUGGUGGUGUGUUAUGGCAAUAGAAAACCUACAAGAUUCAUGCUGACUACAGAGUUGGAAAAGCGGUUCAGCGGAUUUGAUAAGUUGGUUAGCCCGGACACCUUCUGGACAUGGACAUGA